AUGUCGGAUACGUUCAGCGCCGGCUUCCGCGAGUUCUGCGGGGGCGUGCAGCACGCCGUGUCGCUGCACCGCAUCCUGCUGUUCUACAUCAAGUCGCGCCUCAUCUGCGUGUCCAGCGUCAAGUGUUUCGUGCUGAACGGCCUCAUCUUCCUGGGGAGCAUUUACUUCUUCGACCGAGCGGUGAUCCCUGUCAUUCACUUGUUCGGCGAAGUGCUGCACCGCUCCUUUUCGGACGGGUCGGUGGGUCAGGUGGAUGAUGUGCGCGAUCGCGUGGAUGGAUUCGUCUUCCUGCUGUACCAGGUGUUGUGGAUGUAUCCGAUCUACUGCAUCAGCUUCAUCCUGAACACUAUUUGGUACCAAGAGAUCGCGGAUGACGCGUACAUGCAGCUGCAUGGCAAGCCGUCGCCUACGCCGGUGACAGAUAUGAUUCGCGAUGAAAUGUACCGCGCGAUUCUCGUGGCGUUCUUCCUGUUGCAGACUGUGCUGUCCUAUCUGAUUCCUGUCGUUGGCCCGGCUACCAGCUUCAUCCACCUGAGUUGGCUGUAUUCGCUGUAUUGCUUCGAAUACAAGUGGUCCUUGGCCGGGUGGAGUCUCGAACGGCGGCUGGCGCAUUUGGAGCAGAACUGGGCCUACUUUGCAGGCUUCGGCAGCCCUUUUACGCUAGCCACCUUUUUCGUCCCGAACUUCGUGAGCAAAGGUAUCUUCGCGCUGCUUUUCCCUGUGUUUUUACUGCUAGCUAUCGCGUGUGACCCUGUUUCAGAGGGCAACGAAGCGCAGAGAAAACUGCCGAUAUUCCGUUUUUCGCGGUGGUGGAGCUUGCAAUUGCUGCGUCGGGUCGGCAAGGCCACGGGUCUAAAGACCAAGAAACAGAGGAUCAUGGAAAAGCAGAAGCGUACCAAAAGAAGCUAG